CAUAUAGAGCCUUUCUUGAAAGCCAUUUCAGCAAGGGGUCAAGAAAUUAUAUUCACUCAAUCAUGAUUAUCCUACCGCCCAAGCCUGCCCUUGCCGGCCAAACAUCCCAUGAAGACGACAUUCUCUCUGGAAACCCAUCGACCAAAUACUCUGAUGCUUAUCCUCGCAUCUCAUCUCCAGACCACACUUUUACCACCACUAAAACCCACAAACAUGAAAAAAGGCCAUUCAACUUUGAUAUUUCUAUCCCAGAACUUGACUUUGGGGUUUCAGCAACGGCCAAAGCAUGUGCGGCUUGGGCUGUUCUACUUGCCUCGCAUGGAUGCAUGGCCAAACUGAAUCUGUUUGCCCAGGGAUCAGGUGAUUUCAUCGCCCACCUUGACAUUUUUGUCCAGUGGACCUCGCACGUCAGCGACUUCACCCGCCAGGUCGAGGCCAAACUGGAAGACUCUCUCCUAGACGCGGCUGACACGAUCUACUCCGACGAAACGAGCACCUCCAGCGAGGAACGAGAGUACGAUCUGGCUUUUCUCAUUGCCUUUUCCCGAAGCCCGCCUGGAUUUGGAGAGCUUCUUCUCGAGUGUCGCGCACAAGAUGGCAGGAUCCGUGCUAGGGUUGUUAGCCACGACCGCCCCUCGGACAAGGCGUUGUCAACACACCUCCUCAGGCAAUAUGAAUAUAUCGCCCGUGAGAUUUGUUUGUCAGAAAACACUGAAAAGCCGCUGGUUGACUUGAAAGCCAUUUCAGUUCAAGACCUCAAGCAAAUCUGGACUUGGAAUGCCCGUGUCCCCCAGAGCGUCAAUGUCUGCAUCCACGAAGCAUUCAUGGAAAGAGCACGGCAGCAUCCCGACCUUUUGGCUGUUUCAGCACAUGAUGGCCAACUGACAUAUCGCGAGUUGGAUGAUCUCUCAACCCGCCUUGCCAAUGUUCUCAUCAUCCAAGGUGUCCAGCCUCAAAGCAUCAUACUGAUCUUGAUUGAGAAAUCAAUGUGGGUUCCUGUUGCGCAGAUGGCUGUCAUGAAAUGUGGGUGCGUCUCGACGGUGCUCGAUGCUUCGCUCCCAAUACAGCGACAGAAGUCUAUUGCCGAGCUGGUCCAGGCCUCUACCAUUCUGACCUCCCCAGAGUGUGAAGAACAAGCCAAAGAAUUAGGCCUCGAAUGUGUCCCAUUUGUCCUGAACAACUUCUCCAGUCAGCACUGGCCCAACGCCCGGCCAGAUUCCCUCCCUAAAGUCAGCCCCUCGGCCUGGAUGUACAUUGUGUUCACAUCAGGAAGCACGGGUACUCCCAAAGGAGCUAUAAUCAGUCAUGCAAACUACGCCAGUGCUGUUGCCACCCAGCAAAAGGGCCUUGACUUCAGAGAAUUCGACCGAGUCUUUGAUUUUGCGUCUUAUGCUUUUGACGCUGCUUGGUGUAACGUGAUUCAUGCUUUGAUGGUUGGAGGCUGUCUUUGCAUUCCUUCCGACGAGGAACGAAAGGGAGACCUUGCCGGAGCGCUCCGUAAGUACCAGGUCAACUAUGCCGUCCUUACCCCCUCGGUGGCUUGGUUUCGCGCUUCUGAGCUCCCUGCCAGUCUUCGGACAAUUCACUUUGGAGGAGAACCACUUAAAGCUGCCCUUGUUAAGGAAUUGUCUACCCGCUCAACGGUCAUUAAUGCCUAUGGCCCUGCCGAGUGCUCAACCGUUAGCACGGCAAUUGUGGCGGACCCUAAUGACAGCAAUGACCCAACAAUCGGCACUGGCCUUGGUACCUGCACAUGGAUUGCCAAGUUAGAUGGCACAGAUCUUGUGCCCGUUGGAGAGAUUGGAGAGCUGUGGCUUGAAGGUCCCAUCAUCGGCCAAGGAUAUCUGGGUAACACCGAGAAGACUACCACGGCCUUUGUCGAUACUCCACCAUGGCUUCUCCGUGGCUGCCCCAGCCUCUCUGGUAUCACAGGCCACACUGGUCGCCAGGGACGUCUUUACCGCACUGGUGACCUUGUCCGUUACAGACCAGAUGGUAAUAUAGAGUUUGUGGGCCGCAAAGAUUCUCAAGUCAAGAUCCGUGGCCAGCGUGUUGAGCUUGGAGAGAUCGAGUACAACCUCGAGCGCGCUUUAACGAAUGAAGCUAGGGCCGAUAAUGUGCAAAUCAUCGCUGAGGUUAUCAAGCCGGAUGGCAGCGACGUGCCAACACUAGUCUCUUUUCUUUUCAUGGCGGUCAGCUCAGGAGUGUCGCCGGUAAAUGCAAAGCCUAUCCUCCACCGAGCUCUAGAGGGUAUUGAAGACCGACUAGUCAAGUUCGUACCACCAUACAUGGUCCCAUCAGCCUUUCUUCCUGUUGAGGAGGUGCCAAUGACACCCACAGGAAAGGUGGAUCGUCGACGCCUUCGUGAAGAUGGCAAGAAAAUGUACUGGCACCAGCUCAACGCUCAAUCACUGCCAGAGCAGGAAGGAGAUGAGUCUGAACUCGAAGCAAAAAUUCACAAAGUGUGGAGCGAGGUCUUGAAUCUUCCCCUUAGUAAAAUCGGGCUGGAUUCUAAAUUCACGCGUCUUGGUGGCGACUCCAUUACUGCCAUGCAAACCGUUUCGCGCUGCCGUUCCCAGAACAUUUCCAUCAAAGUUGCCGAUAUUCUGAAGCUGCAGACUAUCCGACAGGUGGCUCAAUCUAGCAAGCCCGUCCAGGAGAAGGUGAAAUGGCACAGCAUACAAGCGAAUGAAUACAACGCCUGGCCUUUGACACCGAUCCAACAGAUCUUCUUUGACAAUAAUCCUCAGGGCAUGAACCAUUAUACCCUCAGCUAUAUCGUCAAGUUAGCAAGGCAUACAUCUCAUCAGGAGCUCCUUGCAGCGCUAAUAGCUAUCACGGCUCGUCAUAGUAUGCUUCGUGCCCGCUUCCGCAGGCAUAUGGGCGAAUCAAUUUGGGAGCAGUAUAUUGCGCCAGUAGGAUCCAGCUCCUUCUUUCUCAAACAGCAUGACUUCUUGGAUCGCUCAACUAUGCAACUGGUGGUUGACGAGCGACAAGCGGGUAUGGACCUCAUCAAUGGUCCUGUCUUUGCUGUAGACGUUUUCAACAGCCCUAAUGAGGACCAGACGCUUCUCAUGAGUGCGCACCAUGUCGUGAUGGACCUCGUUUCCUGGCGUAUCGUUUGGCAUGAGUUGAGUCAGUAUUUAUCGGGGUCCACGCAACUACCACCACUUGAACUCUCCUUUCAAGAAUGGUGCUACUUGCAGCGCGAGGAAGGCGAGAAGCUCGAUCCAGCGACUGUUCUACCUUUUGACAUUACUCCGCCAAAUUUCGAGUACUGGGGCGUGAUGCCUGGUGAGGUGUUUUUUAGAGACUCGAUACUGAAUUUAUCAUUUGUCGACACCGAGGCAACCGCGCUGCUUCUGGGCGCAAGUAAUGACAGUCUCCGAACCGAGAUCUUAGAUAUCCUCGUGGGGACGCUGAUUUUCUGCUUUGCUCAAGUAUUCCCUGAUCGAAGCCCGCCUCCUGUGUUCCUCGAAAGUCAUGGUCGUGAGCCUGUAGCUGGCAUGGAUGAUUUUGACUUGUCGGAAGUCAUCGGCUGGUUUACUUCCAUUUACCCUAUUGAGCUUGGUGGCAGGUCCGAUGACUCUAUCUUUGACCUGAUAAAGUUUGCUAAAGAUAUCCGGAGGCAAGUGCCCGGUCGAGGUAGGCCUUAUUUUGCCUCUCGCUUCUAUAGUGCAGCUGGAAGGAAGGCUUUUGAAUCACACAAGAAUGUCGAGUUGAUUUUUAAUUAUCGAGGUUCGUUCCAACAGCUCGAGGACGCCAAUUCUAUGUUCAAGCUUGAAGACAGGAAGGAUCGCGAUGUUUUCAUUCCUGGCGACGGACCUGAUUACCAGCGGCCAUCUCUAGUCGAUAUGAACCUUGUCGUCCAGGAAGGGAAGUUGCAGAUCUGGACAAGAUCUCACAGGCAUAUGCGAAAUCAUGAAGCAGUCUCCCGUUGGGUGGACCUUUACGCAAAGACUCUCAGCAGCGUUGCGCAUCAGCUUGCCAGCAUGGCAACCCGCUUUACGCUCGCUGACUUUCCGCUGCUUGAUAUUUCGUAUACUGGCCUGGAGACACUCGUGAUGGAGCAGUUGGCGAGCGAGAGUAUUAAAGAGACCGACGUACUGGACGUCUAUCCUUGCACACCCAUGCAAGAGGGUAUCCUUAUCAGUUCUAACAUUGGCACGGCCUCCUACCAUACCGCUUGUAUCUGGCAGGCAAUCUCGACCGGCUCGACAGUCUGUGUCUCUCGUCUGUCAAAAGCAUGGGAAACCGUCUCGCGCAGGCAUCCGGUUUUCUCUACCGUCUUCUCAACCAAUCCCGACACUGGCCGUUUUGUCCAGGUCGUGCUGAACAGUCCCAAUAAGGCUUUCAUCUACCAGGCUACGGAUUCUGAGACUACCGUUGAGCACCUACAGCGGAUGGGAGGCUUCAAGGGCCUACCUUUGCAGCCGCAAUGCUUCUUUACAAUCUGCACUGGUCAAAAAGGUGAAGUUGCAUGUCGGCUUGACAUAACACACGCGCUCAUGGAUGCCUUGUCCUUGCCUGUGAUAGUACGAGAUCUUGAGAGGGCUUACUCCGGACAAUUCCUGUCAUUGUGCACACCUUUGCGCGACUAUAUCGAGCAUAUUCAAUGCACGCCAGCUUCGAAUCGAUUGUCUUACUGGAGUAAAUACCUUACUGGCGUAAAGGCUUGUGAUAUGCCAGGAGAUGUGGCAUUGGGUCGUUCAAAGUCUCAGCGCAACAGUCUGUAUGGGUGGAUAACCCUCCCCACUGCCAUCACGACACCUAUUGCUAGGAUAUGCCGUGAGAAUGGAUUGACUCGGUCAGCAUUCCUUCACCUUGCCUGGUCCCUCGUACUUUCUCAUUUUACAGGAAUGCGGAAAGUCUGCUUCGGCUAUCUUUCGUCUGGUCGUGACUCUCCGAUCGAUGGGAUUGAGAAUAUCGUUGGGCCCUUGAUCAAUAUGCUGAUUGCACGGGUUGACUUGGGUCAGCCUUUGCUCAAUGUGAUGAGCACCAUCAACAAGUACAACAUCGAACAUCUAGAAAACCAGCACGUUUCACUCGCAGAAGUUCAACAUGAGGUAUUCGUAAAUCAGCUCUUUAACACAAACAUCACGGUUCGCGAAGCUCGUGAAGGGCCUGGAUCUGUUGAUGGAAACAUGAAACUUGUGGAAAUAUCAGAGGAGGAUCACCAUGAGUACGACAUCGUCUUGGCUGCCACUCUCAAUAAGGACGACACCGAAGUUGGUAUCCAAUAUCGAACAGACUUUGCAAGUUUGGCCAAUGCCCAGGAAAUUCGAAUCGCCUUACAAAGUGCCAUCAAAUUUCUCGGCUCAAUUGCGCAACAGGAUGCAUCAGGCGUGACAUCUUGCGUCAAGAUCAGCGACUCACUCUAUGAUUCUUACUUCCACCAUACGGUUGGCACCGACGACUCAUCUGCUCUCGAGCAAUGGGAAUCCCAUUUUAAGGGAAUUGACGCCGGCUGCCACUUCCCUUCUCUACCCAAUGCCUCUCACAGGCCAAGCGCCAAUGCCUCGACUUCUUAUACGAUUGAGAACCCGCAAUGGCAAAGCGACCGUAAUGUGACUACGCAAAUUUUCGCCGCAUGGGCCCUUCUGCAAGCGUCCUAUGGAGGUUCCGCUGACAUCUCAAUUGGAACAGGCUCAUUGGGUGCCGAAUAUGGAGCGACAAGCAAUGCAAUGCCAAUUCCAAUGCGGAUAAAUGUAAAUCUCAACCAGGGAGUUUCCUCGUGCAUUGAUUCGGUGCAGUCGACAAUUACGACUUGGUCGAAGUUGCCACAGUUGGCUAUACACAGACUGCGCAGUCUCAACACAGAUUCGGCUCUUGCCUGUGACUUUCAGACCGUACUGAGUAUCGAGAGAGCUUCAACUUAUGACAAAACACAAAUUACUAAGACUGAAUCUAAUGUGACUCGAGCUCUUUCCGUGCACUUUACUAUCGUUGCUUCUGGUGUUCGACUGGCUGCGAAGUUUGACAAGCAUAUUAUCAGUACCGAGCAAGUGACUAGGCUCUUCGCCCAGUUUGAAACAGUUCUACGCCAAGUUAGCUCGCCAAUCAAUUCCUCUUCAAGCUUGACCGAUAUCGAUACCAUCAGCAAUGACGAACUCCGAACUGUUUCUGCUUGGAAUAACACAUCUUAUGAGAAUGUGCAGGGUCUUGUCCACGAGCUCAUUUCUCGAACAGUCCAAGCAAUGCCAGACUCCCCUGCCAUCUCCUCUUGGGAUGGAGAGCUUACUUACCGUCAGCUUGAUCGGCUCUCAACUCGUCUAGCCCACCAGUUAGUUCAACUUGGCGUUAGACCUGGAGUCAUUGUGCCUCUUUACUUUGAAAAGUCCAUGUGGAUGCCGGUUUCCGUGGUAGCUGUAAUGAAGGCUGGCGGGGCAGGCGUGAUGAUUGACUGCACACAGCCUAUCGAGCGAGCUUCUGGCAUUUUUAGCCAGGUAAAUGCAAAACUUGUUCUCACAUCGGAAAGUAACAUCGAGCGAGCUACGCAAUUUGAAGGGCUGCAACUCCUGGUCGUUAAUAAAGCUUCUAUAGACACCUUUCCAAAUCCAGAUAUAGAACUUUCUCUACUGGAGCGAGUCCAACCUUCGAACCUGGUCUACGUUUCCUUUACAUCAGGAAGUACGGGCAAGCCGAAGGGUGCUAUGAUCACGCAUUCCUGCUUUGCAUCCGCUAUCCAGCACCAACAAAAAGCUCAUGGAUUUAGGGCAGGUCAAAGAGUCUAUGAUUUUGCCUCCUACGCAUUCGAUGUCAGCUGGUCAAACUUGCUGCACUCACUCACAUCUGGCAGCUGCUUGUGCAUUCCAUCAGAGCAUCAAAGAAAGAACUCCCUUUCUGAUUCCAUCAGAGACAGUAAAGCUACUUUGAUAAACGCAACACCCACCAUUCUGCGUCAUCUCAGCCCCAAAGAACUCCCAGAUUUGGAACAAGUUUUGAUGGGAGGAGAAGCCUGGUCUGAGGCCGAUUUUGGUGACUGGAUCGACAACAAGAAGCUGAUGAACAGCUAUGGUCCAGGUGAAUCUACCGUAAAGGCCUGCAUCAUUCGCGCUGUCCGAGGCAUGGUUCCCAAUACCAUUGGUACCGGGAUAGGUCUAACCACCUGGAUCGUGAGAGUCGAUGGCUCCGACAGACUUGCACCAUUGGGUUCCGUUGGCGAGCUUUGGCUCGAAGGUCCCCAAUUAGCGCAUGGUUAUAUAGGAGACGAGUCAAAGACCGCUGCUUCAUUUGUGACAAGGCCUAAGUGGACGCAGGACAAUGGUCAGCCAUGCCGUUUCUACCGUACUGGAGAUCUAGUUCGCUACGAGCCAGAUGGUACACUGGUUUUCGUUGGUCGAAAAGACUCUCAAGUUAAGAUCCGUGGCCAACGUACAGAACUUGGAGAAAUCGAGCACAGUAUUCAAAAAGCCCUUCUUGUUGGCGAUCUUCGGGCUCAGAUCAUUGCCGAUGUCUUCAAACCCCACAAUAGCGAUAACCCGAUUCUCGUUGCAUUCUUGAAAGCCGAGGAAACUGAAUCCUGGCACAAGCUUGCCGGCCUGGACGAGCGACUCGCAAAACUUGUACCCGAAUACAUGAUCCCUACCGCUUAUAUUACCUUACAGGAUUUUCCUAUGACUGCUACAGGCAAGAUUCACCGCAGGUCUCUGCGUGAGACCUACGCGAAAAAGACACUUGAGCAACUUGUUGCACUAGAUGCAUUUCGCGUGUCUGGCCAUCGUGCCCCGAGCACUGCAUCCGAGAAGCUCCUUCAGGAUCUUUGGGCUGAGAUUCUUAGUAUUGGUCUGGCAACUAUCUCGGCUGACGAAAGCUUCCUCCGGAUUGGGGGUGAUUCUCUUGGAGCAAUGCGGCUUGUCAGUGCUGCACGAAAACGAGGCCUUGUACUCAGUGUCGCUGAUAUCUUCAAGCAGCCGAAGCUUAGCGCUCUUGCAAAGAUAAUUGAAGUGCAAAAACCGUCAUUGCAGCUGAAUUGUUCUAGCUUUGAGGCUUUCUCACUACUUGACGGGAAGACCUCACAAGAAGAAGUAAAAAGUCAAGUCGCACGCCUCUGCGGUCUUGACUCCGCUGCGGUCGAAGACGUUUUCCCUUGCACACCUUUACAGGCUGGGCUACUGGCUGAGACUGUCCGACGCCCAGGUGAUAAUGUAUUGACUGAGACAUGGGAACUUAAAAAGGAAAUCGACAUUUCCCGUCUUCGUGCCGCAUGGCAGAAGGUUGUCAGAGCAAACCCUAUUCUACGAACCAGGAUUGUUGAUAUCGGUCAGCACGGCCUUGUCCAGGUCAUUGUUCGCUGUGAAAAAUGUGAGAUUGAAGGUAUAUCAGCGCCAGAAUUUGGUCUUGGUACGCCUUUGGUAUUCUAUGAGAUUUCAAAGUCUUGCUUUUCAUGGAGAAUUCACCACGCUCUCUAUGAUGGGUGGUCCAUGCCCCUCAUUUUCGGCUCCUUAGUCAAGAGCUACCAAGCAGAAACAAUCCAGGAAGCUCCCCCUUUUCAGGCAUUUAUAAAGCAUGUCAAAACUCGCAGUCAUACAGAAGCAGAGGAGUUCUGGAGGAAUGAAUUCCGCGAUUUUGACGCACAAAAAUUCCCCGUCCUUCCCUCAAAGACCUAUAAGCCAAGAUGCGAUGCACGCUUGAAGCUUGAGAUCAAGGAUAUUGCUUUGGAUGGUGAUUACACGGCAUCAACGAAGAUUCGACUUGCCUGGGCCAUCCUACUGUCGACAAUCACGAACUCCACAGACGCCUCGUUCGGUGCAACCGUGUCCGGUAGACAAGCAAAUGUACCUGGUAUUGAGGAUAUGACUGGGCCUACCAUUGCCACAGUACCGUUGCGAUUGGCAAUUGAUCGUUCAAAGACCGUAAAAGACUUACUUCAGCAAGUUCAAUUACAAGCCGCAGAAAUGAUGCCAUUUGAACAAGUUGGUAUCCAGCAGAUACGGCGUGUCAGCGAGGAUUGUAACCUUGGAUGCCAGUUCCAAUCGCACAUGGCUAUUCAGACUGGAGGCAAAUACAACACAAAGGAUGCUCUGUUCAAGUCUGCUUCUUUGCCAACUGAAACUGCCGAUGCCGACCCUUUCAAACUCUAUGCUAUCUGCUUGGACUUCGUCCUUCAGCCAAACAGCAUUUGUCUCCGCGCCAGUUACGACUCUACUGUCGUGCCUCCAACUCAGUUCCGCCGUCUUGCAGACAGAUUCGAAAACAUAUUGAGGCAGAUUUGUUUGCCUGAAGUUCAGGCCAAGUCACUUUCUCUGCUCAAUACCAGCAGCUUGAGAGAUCUUGAACAAAUCAGGAGCUGGAACGAUACUAUUCUAGAAAGGUCCGACCAAACUAUCCACGAGAUUUUUGGACAAGUUGCCGCGAAGCAGCCCGGGGCUCCAGCAGUCUGCUCAUGGGAUGGCGAUUUCACCUAUGGCCAGUUGGAUGAGAUAUCAACACGAAUUGCCCACGAACUUCUCCGAAAUGGGCUUCCGCAAAGUGGCCAACGCAUUGUACCUUUGUUCUUUGAAAAGUCGAAAUGGACAUCGGUCUGCCAAAUGGCAGUCAUGAAAGCCAACGGUACUUCGGUGGCGCUCGAUGCUACAUUGCCCACUGGCCGUCUGCAGAUGGUCAUGAACCUUGCCAAACCCCAAAUCGUACUCACAUCUGCUGCGCAGGUAUCUCGAGCACGAGAGUUGGCACCUUCAACUGCGCGGAUCAUAGUCGUGAGUGACACGCAGGUGCCUACUUUCAGCCUCUCUGGAGAUCUGUGCCUGCCAGCUGUGAACCCAGAUACUUGGCUCUAUGUGGUCUUCACUUCCGGAUCGACCGGCAUUCCCAAAGGUGCAAUAAUCAACCACUCGAAUUUCACCAGUGCCCUUAAGUAUGGUCAGACGACGCUAAAGUUCGGUCCUCAUACUCGCACAUACGACUUUGUGUCUUAUGCCUUUGACGUAUCCUGGCUCAAUGUGCUGUAUACUCUUUGCGCUGGUGGGUGUCUCUGCGUUCCUUCUCAUUAUGAGAUCCAAAAUGAGCCCAAGGAGGCUAUUUCCCGCAGAAAUGCAAACACCGCAUUCAUCACCCCUACAGUUGGUAAAUUGCUGCAUGGAACAGAACUCAAAGUUAUCAACUACGGUGGUGAAAACUUACCGCGUGACGAAAUUAACUAUUGGAGGGACCGGGCUCAUAUUAUCCACUCGUAUGGUCCAUCUGAAUGCACGCCGAUUUCGAUUUCCCACAAUCUGGAUCCCACACGCAGCCGUGUGAUCAUUGGCAAGGGUCUCGGAGUACGAACAUGGGUCGUUGAGCCAGAGUACGGCAAUUCUUUGGCAGCCGUGGGCGACAUUGGCGAGCUUUGGCUUGAAGGACCUCUUGUUGGUCAAGGUUAUCUUAACGAUCCAGAUAAAACAGAGACAUCAUUCCCAACGAAUCCUGAAUGGCUCAUGCAGGGCGGUUCUGACUUUGCUGAUCACUGUGGGCGUAUGUAUCGAACAGGUGACCUGGUCCGAUACGAAGAAGAUGGCAACCUGGAGUUCAUUGGGCGCAAGGACGCGCAGAUCAAGAUUCGCGGACAGCGCGUGGAGCUUGAGGAAAUAGGGCACCAUGUCCUUGAUGCUAUCGGUGAGGCUACAGCAUCCCAGGUCGUUGUGGAUAUCAUCAAACUAGCCGACUCCAAUGAAUCUGUCCUAGUCGCCUUCGUUGAGCUCUCGCAAGAGAGAAUUAUUCCUGGCACACCAAAAGCGCAAUCUUACGCACAGGAACUUGCUGCUUCCACCAAAGAUCGCUUGUCAGCAACAGUACCAAGUUAUAUGAUCCCGAAUGCAUAUAUGAUUGUGGACAGUAUUCCAAAUACGGCAUCUGGAAAGAUUGACCGUGGUAAGCUGCGCAAAGCUGCGUUGUCAAUGCAAAAGGAGGAUCUCCUCCAAGCAGAUAGCAUUGAAAGACGUGCUCCAGAAACAUCGGAGGAGGUGAAGCUCCAUGCUCUUGUUGCACAAGUGCUUUCUUGGGAUGAGCAAUCUUUUGGAAUGGACAACAACUUUAUUCAGCUUGGGGGCGAUUCUAUCAGCGCCAUGAGGCUGGCUUCACUCGCCCGCGACAAAUCAAUCUUCCUGACAGUCGCGGAUAUCCUUACCAAAGACCGGAUCGCUGAUCUUCUCGAGACAGAUCAGGAGACAGAGCUCGAGAAGGAAAGCGAACAGGCGCGCUUCGCCUUGUUAGAUACCACAGACCCGAGUGCUUUUGUCGAGGAAGUAGUGAUGUCACAAGUUCAAUCUGGUCAUGGUAAGCUUAUCGAUGUUCUACCGACGACAGACAUGCAAUCGACGUAUCUCAGAGACAACCUUCAUGGGCCCCGGCGAUCCUGGUUCUACAGCUACAUUGACUUUGCCGAAAUUCUGGAUGAGAAUCGUCUAAUCCAAAGUUGUGAGCAAUUGGUUGAGCACUGCGACAUCUACAGGACAGCUUUUGUUCGGUGCGGUGAUUCCUUCUUCCAGGCUGUCUUUGACUCCUGGAGGCCCAACAUCGAUGUUAUUGACGGCGUUGAAUCCGUUGAAGAUGCAUUCGACCAGCUUGUAGGAGAAGAGGUGAAGAUGCCAGCUUCCCUGGGAGCUCCUUUGGUACAGUUCAAGCUCAUUCGUGAGCAAAGUGCAAAGGCAAAACUCGUCUUCAGCAUGUCGCAUGCAAUCUACGACGCGAUUAGCUUCGGUCAGACUCUCCAGGCUUUGGCUGAUAUCUAUCAUGGCACGACUCCGGACAUCAAAGACUUUAGGCGCUACGUUGGCCACAUUCAAUUGCAUAAGACGGACAGUUACUCGUACUGGCGCAAGACACUCCAGGACUCCUCGAUGACCGUGCUACCAUGCAAUUCGACGGUAUCUGCACAGGACGGCCCGCCCACUGUGCUUGUACGCUCUGUCCCUAUGCCUAAACCACCUUUUGGCAUUACGCAGGCUUCUCUCUUCACCUUGGCCUGCGCCUCCACCCUCAGCCGCCUUACCGGUUCCUUGGACGUUACCUUGGGCCGUGUUGUCUCCGGCCGUGCCACCGUUCCGGCUUCUCUACAGAACGUCGUCGGUCCUUGCUUAAAUCGCCUGCCUGUCCGCGUACAAUUCACUCCCGGUCAGACCAAGACAGAGCAGCUCGCGGUCCUUCAAAAGCAGCAGACAGAGAGUCUCGCGCACGAAACGACGGGUCUGUCGGACAUUUCCAAGCACUGUACAGACUGGUCGUUGGACACAAAGGACUUUGGCUGCUGGAUACAGUAUCAGAACGUUGAUGAGGAGCCCGUACUGGGUCUGCCUGGUGCUCUGGGCGGCCUCGGCAAUAAGAGGAUGUGGGAUAUCCCGGUUGCUGCCGACUUUUUGGAAAUUUUUGCGAUUCCGAGUGGUCACGGUAUGCUUACGGUGAGGAUUAUUGCAGGAACUGGUUAUGCAGAUCGUGUAAAGGCCGAGUUGCUUGAGGGAGUUUGUGCGGAGUUGGCCGAUAUAUUUGAUUGAGUUGUCAGCUAGGGUUGUCAUUUUGCUUUAUUAUUCAAACUUCAAUAUAUAUAUAUAGUUAUAUAUAUCCGUUUAAUGAUAUUUAAGAAUUAUGCCUAC